UACGAGAAGCUAGCUAUUUUACCAACAACCAGCUGCACUGUUUCAAUCCGUAUACGCGCAGCGCUCCCUCCCUCUCCCUCUUUCUCUCUCUCUCUUUCUCAACCACGCACACAUACACACACACACACGCACACACACACAUACAAUCCCCCCCUCCCUUCUCCAACAUCCUCAACCUCGCAGCAAAUCGAGUCCUGCAAGAGCUGGCAUGAAACUGACGCAUCCAUGGAGCGCUCCUUCCGCCCUCAACAUUUCCAUUGUAGAAGACUAGGAUUUCAAAUAAUAUAGGGGGAAACCAACAGCAACACAAAACAACGAAGUGAAUACGUAUUUAACGUGACGGUAGUCCAUCAAUUCCGUCUCGAAACUUUUCCCACCCUCGUAAGCCACCCCCUCCAGUGCGAUUCCUUUCUGCCUGCCAGUGUUUUCUCAAAGAUUGUUACCGUAAGUCCUCUCUCUAUGGAUGGGGUAGUCGCUGGCAGGAUGUCGCUCGCUGCCCGAGUCCGGAGUCGGCCGCUGCAAGUGAUGCUAAACCAAAGGAAGGUCAAAGCCAGGAGGAAAAAGCGAAAGGAGUUGUUUUGGGGGCAGGUGGGCUUCGUGGGGAUCUUGCUGGCGGUGGUGUCGGGGAUCUCCUGUCUGGUCGAAAAUUCAGGUUAUGAAACGUACAGCUACACUGCUGAGGACAGCGGGGGGUGGGGCGGUCGGAGGCUGCUGCACGAUGAGCUGGACGUCGAAGAGGAGCAGAAGAACUGCACUGAUCCAGCGCGGAAGGAGUUCCCGACGGAUGUCUUCACAGAUGAGGAGCUGGCAGAGGGAGCUGUGGCCCUGCACGUCCUGUGUGCUGUAUACAUGUUCUACGCUCUGGCCCUGGUCUGUGAUGACUACUUUGUUCCCUCUCUGGAAAAGAUCUGUGAGCGCCUGCACCUGAGCGAGGAUGUGGCGGGUGCCACCUUCAUGGCCGCCGGCAGCUCGGCGCCCGAACUCUUCACCUCUGUCAUCGGAGUGUUCGUUACCAAGGGCGACGUGGGCGUGGGUACGAUCGUGGGCUCGGCGGUCUUCAACAUCCUCUGCAUCAUCGGCGUCUGUGGGCUCUUCGCAGGCCAGGCUGUGAGGCUCUCCUGGUGGGCUGUCCUGAGGGACUCCAUGUACUACACGCUGUCUGUGACCGCGCUCAUCGUGUUUAUCUAUGACGAGAAGGUCUCUUGGUGGGAGUCUGUGAUCUUGAUUGUGAUGUACCUGUUUUACAUCAUGAUAAUGAAGUUCAACUCGCGCAUCCAGCGCUGGCUAGAAAGCCACAGGAAGAGCUCGGUAAAUCUGGCCAACGGUACGACCAGCAACACUGACCUGGACGACAACUGCGACGCCACCAUGGUUCUGCUCAAGAAAGCCACCUUCCACCGCAAGCCCUCAGUGCUGAUGGUGGAUGAGCUGCUGUCGGCCUACCCCCACCAGCUGUCCUUCUCCGAGGCUGGCAUGCGCAUCAUGAUCACCAGCCAUUUCUCACCUCGAACCCGGCUCACCAUGGCUUCUCGUAUGCUCAUCACUGAGAGGCAGCGGCUGAUCAGCAGCAAGUCCUUCAGCAACGGCGACCCCGAGGUGACGGUGCGGAUCCCGGGCCGGAGGGGCGUGGAGAACGGCCUGGGCGGGGCCGACAGGGGCCUGAACGGCCGCCACGGGGUCCACUGCGAUGAGGACGGGCGGGGCGGCGACGCCGGCAACGACACGGAGAACGAGAACGAGGACAACGAGAACAACGAGAAUGAUGGGGAGGGAGAGGAGGAGGAAGAGCAGGAGGAACCCUUCCACCCCUUCCACGCCCCAGCCGGGGCCUGUAACAAGCUGAAGUGGAUGCUGGCCUGGCCGCUGUGCCUGCUGCUCUUCUUCACUGUGCCCAACUGCGCAAGCCCACGCUGGGAGCGCUGCUUCAUGGUCAGCUUCUUCUCCUCAACCCUGUGGAUCGCCGCCUUCUCCUACGUCAUGGUGUGGAUGGUGACGGUGAUCGGGUACACGCUGGGCAUCCCUGAUGUCAUCAUGGGCAUCACCUUCCUGGCAGCUGGCACCAGCGUCCCCGACUGCAUGGCUAGCCUCAUCGUGGCACGACAAGGCCUCGGCGACAUGGCAGUCUCCAACUCCAUCGGCAGCAACGUUUUCGACAUUCUGAUUGGUCUGGGCCUGCCCUGGGCAAUUCGCACCCUUGCCAUUGACUACGGCAGUUAUAUUGAUCUGAACAGCAAAGGACUCAUCUUUUCUGUGGGACUUCUAUUGGCAUCAGUAUUCCUGACAGUGCUGGGUGUGCACUUGAAUAAAUGGACCCUGGACCGCCGGCUGGGUCUCAUCUGCCUGCUGAUGUACACAGUCUUCCUCUGCUUCUCCAUCCUCAUCGAGUUCAACAUCUUCACCUUCGUCAACCUGCCCACGUGUCUCCUCAACUGACACCCCUCCCCCCCUCCCUCCCUCCUCCUCUUCCUCCUCCUCCUCCUCCUCCUCUUCCUCCAGUUCCAGCAGGCAGGCUCCGGCCUUUCCCUCCUGCUCCUGUGGAUCUCCACUUUUUUAUACUGAAAUCCCCGCUUUUCUGUA